AUGCAUGUUGGACCAGUUGGGAGUGUUCAUAAUAAGGCUAGAGAAGCUGCUACAAAUUUGAUGAAUCAAGCUACACAUAUUGAAACGGCAGUAAGCAAACACUCCGACCAAGCUCAUAAUAAUGAUAAAGUUAGAGAAGUUGUGAUGGAAAAUGCUCCGGGGAAUCUCAAAUUACUAGCUCCUAUCAUUCAAAAAGAAAUUGUGAAUUCAUGUGCCCUUGAAACACUCGAUGCUAUCAUGGAUGGUCUAAAAGAUAGAUUCUUUUCAAUAUUGGUGGAUGAAGCACGUGAUAUGUCGGUGAAAGAGCAAAUGACUAUGGUGUUGCGUUAUGUGGAUGACAACGGGCAUGUAAUUGAAAGAUUUGUGGAUAUCCAACAUGUUACCAACACUACUUCAAGUUCACUAAAGGAUACUAUUGACACAUUAUUUUCUCGCAACGGUUUGAGCAUUUCCAAGCUACGAGGACAAGGUUAUGAUGGUGCUAACAAUAUGAGAGGUGAGUUGAAUGGCCUUAAAACAAAGAUAUUGAGAGAACAACCUUGUGCAUAUUAUGUUCAUUGUUUUGCUCAUCAACUUCAAUUAGCUCUUGUUGUCGUAGCAAAGAAGAAUAUAGACAUUGCCUCUUUUUUUGCAACGGUUAAUAGUGUGGUUAAUCAUGUUGGAGCAUCUUGUAAGCGGCGUGAUUUACUUAAAGGGCAACUUCAAGAAGAGCUUGUGAAUGCUUUUGAAAAUGAUUGUCAUAUAACGGGGUGA